AUCCAAUCCUUCUGUGAAUAUUAUAACUAAUUCCUGCUUCACAUAUAUAAAAACCUCGUUAAUCUUCAAAUUCUCUAACUACACAUACAUUCAUUUUCUUUUUUCUCUCAAAUAAUAAAUUCUCCACUCCAUUUUUUUUUUUGGUAAAAACAAAGACUUUCUAAAAUAUCCUAAAUUAAAUUUAUAUAAAAAAAAAUGACUUCGCAUGGUGAAGGAGUAGAAGAAGAACAAAUAUCAAGAAUUGAGCAAGGGACAGGAAAAGAUUGUCAUGGAGGAAUAGAGACAGUCGUAUGUACUUCUCCGAGCAUUGUUUGCCUUACCCAAAAGUUAAUAGCAGAGAUGAUUGGAACGUAUUUCAUAAUAUUUUCUGGAUGUGGAGUGGUGGUGGUGAAUGUGUUGUACGGUGGAAAAGUGACGUUUCCAGGGAUUUGUUUGACUUGGGGUCUCAUUGUUAUGGUCAUGAUUUACUCUGUUGGUCACAUUUCUGGCGCACAUUUUAACCCUGCGGUUACCGUCACUUUUGCCAUUUUCCGGCGGUUUCCCUGGUCUCAGGUACCAUCGUACAUAGGUGCACAACUUGCGGGAUCGUUACUAGCUAGUUUGACAUUGAGGCUAAUGUUCAAUUUGACACCAGAAGCUUUCUUUGGAACAACCCCUGCUGAUUCAUCCGUACGAGCCCUUGUCGCAGAGAUCAUUAUCUCAUUCCUCCUCAUGUUUGUCAUCUCCGGCGUUGCCACCGAUAGCCGAGCGAUUGGAGAAUUAGCUGGAAUUGCGGUUGGGAUAACUAUAAUGUUAAACGUCUUUGUAGCCGGACCAAUUUCGGGAGCAUCAAUGAACCCAGCAAGAAGUCUAGGACCAGCAAUAGUGAUGGGUAGAUAUAAAGGAAUUUGGGUUUACAUUGUUGGUCCUAUCAUCGGAAUUAUGGCCGGGGGUUUUGUUUACAACUUUAUCAGAUUUACGGAUAAGCCACUCCGAGAACUCACCAAAAGUGCUUCUUUUCUACGUAGCGUUUCUCCAAACAACAAUGCGAUCUAGUUCUUAGAGCUAGCUAACAAUAACGUGUACUUGUUGAAUAUUUUUAUACAUUCUUAAUUCUUUUAUUAGCUUAUAUGUUGUUAGAUCAAACCUGAAAACAUCACUUCAUAUUAUUGUGUAACCUAUGGACAAAAGAAAACGAUUUCCAAUUUUCCAUAAGAAAUAUUUUCUUAAACCUGAAA